AUGGCGGACAACCAACCCAACAUGGCCACCAACCGGAUUUUAUCCCUGAUUGGACUAGGCUAUAACGCCACGUCCUUGACGCCGAUCGGCAGAGCCCUCCUGGCUGUCUAUGCCGUGAGCCUCGGCACCCAUAUUCUGCUCAUCAUUGCAGUAGUCAAGGCAAUACGCCCGCUGCUUUUGGCCUGGGUGAUCGUCACCAUCAUCUGCACUAUUGCGGCCCUGGCCAUCUACAUCUAUUUGACAGAUGUAGAAGUUACAAUCAUCAAUCGCUUGGCUGCCAUAGGAUUCUUCGGGUGGAAUGUGUCGAAAACGGGCCUCACUCUCAUCUGGAUCUAUUGGGGAGCACUCCUAAUUAUGACGGUGUAUGGCUGCCUUGUGGUGUUUUCGCACUACCAGAACCUCCGUGAAGCAGCACGUGGGCAGGGACAGCAGCAGAUGGUGGUGAUGGGCAACCAAGCCUACAUGGCGGGCAACCAAGCCUACAUGGCGGGCAACCAAGCCUACAUACCGGGCAACCAAGCCUACAUGGCGGGCAACCAAGCCUACAUACCGGGCAACCAAGCCUACAUACCGGGCAACCAAGCUUACAUGGCGGGCAACCAAGCCUACAUGGUGGGUAACCAACCCGCCAAGGUGGCCAAUCGACCCACGGCUUCCUACGGGUUUCUUUAGAAAGCAGGUUGACAUCACGUGGGUGGAAAGAUUGGCCGGCAAAAUGACAGGUCAAAGGGCCAAACAGAAACUGCAAUCACAAAAAUUCUAAAUACUUCCUGGCAGUCGAAACAUUUUUUGUGUUCGUUUUUUUAAAGUUUAAUAUUAUUAUAUUACUUCUUUUUACUCAAAUUACUGCCUUAUUCUAGGUUAAGUAGGCUGCUUUAGUUGCUGUACCACAGCUACCGAGGCAAUAUGAAACACAUAAAGUUCUUUGAUCACAAUCAUUUGUUUUUGCGACCCGACGUUUCGAUGACCGGUUGUCAUCUUCAUCAGGGUAUUUCUUACUAGUUUGCUGUGCACUGACGCUAGAUGUUACUUGGGAUGUACUGUUUUAACACUCUUAUCAUGAAGUAGUUCAUGGCAAAGCUAAUGGAUAGAAAGAGAUACAUGUUUAACUUUUGCGAUAAACUUGUUCUGUGCGUAUGGAGUUUUACAUAAAAGUAGAGGAAAAACGGAAAAGAGAAUAAGAAACGUGUGCUACAUGACAGAUAUAUAUAUUUAUCAGUUAUUCUUUUCGUUGCAUGUUGUGCAGAAUUUAUGUAUUAUUCUUCUGAGUCAAAUUUCAAGAACGUUCAGGCAAUAAGAAAUAUAACUAUCGACCGUUCCAAUCCCUAAUGUUAUGCCCUUAUCUAUGUACUCGCAACGUUCUAGCACGUCCAAAAUCAACAAAGCGCAUCCAAAUAGUGCAUGAGAAAUAUUAAU